AUGGCUCAAGGCGAUAUUCCUAUGUCUGAUAUUGAUCCCGCCUUGUAUUUCACCUCUCAAACUCAUCUCAGCGAUUAUUCUAAAGAGAUGGACACUGAAGAGCGAUACGCCGUGGAUGACCUCUGCGCUUCGUCGAUACGCGCUUCUUCCUACAAGCUUCUAUUUGAUGGCGCUUACUCCGACAUAUCGAUAGUCUGCCGCGGUCGAGAGUUCAAGGUUCAUCGUGCUAUUGUCUGUACGCAGUGCGAAUGGUUUGGGGAGGCAUUCACAACCCCGCCCAAGAAGCGCACCAUUAGGAGCGUGGCUUUAGAUGAAGACCCGGAAGUGUUCCAGCAUUUACUCGAGUUUCUCUACACUGGAACAUACACUGCUCAAAAGCCUACGGCAUCAAGAGAGGCUGAGAGAGAGAAGGAGAUUCAAGACAGACUUAGCGGUUAUCCACGCUGCCCCAUCGAAAAAGACUUGACAAAAGACAGUGUGCCAGAGCGCCCUGUAAGACGAUCAAAUAGGUUAUUGUCCACUACACCCGCCACGGCACAAACAGAACCCACAGCCAAGACAGCCUCAAGCUCACCGCACGACAUCAUCCUCGCCAUGCAUCUCUUCAUCAUGGCUCAGACAUACAACAUCCCUGCUCUUCAGCUCCUCUGCCAAGACCGCUUCUACACGGCCGCCAGAAACCGCUGGGUCAAUAAGAUAUGGACCGACUGGGAGGCCACCAAGGAGUUUGAGGACGUUGUGCUGGACGUGUAUGGCUCUACGCAAGAGGUUAAUAAUCCAUUGUGGAGGGCGCUGUGCAAGUUGAUUUGCUUGAAGAAGGAUGGGGAUAGGAUGAAGGAGAGGAUGAUGGCUGUUAAGGGUGAGCAGGUAUUUCUUGAGGAGGGUAUUGCAACGUAUAUGCGAGAACCCAGAGGCAGUGAGUCUAGAUGA